CACGGCGCCGGAGGAGGAAGUGGUGUGGUUGUUGCUCUGUUUGCGCUAGCCGCUGCCUCUUGGGCGCGGAGAGAGGUAGCAGUGGCCGCCGCUCCGUCGCGCUUUUCUUCUGUUCUCCUCCAUGUCCCCGGGCUCCGUCGCACCUCUUCCUCAGGCCGCCGCUUACCCCGGGGUCUAUGGAAGUAAUGGAAGGACCCCUCAACUUGGCUCAUCAGCAGAGCAGACGAGCAGAUCGUUUAUUAGCUGCAGGGAAAUACGAAGAGGCUAUUUCCUGUCACAAAAAGGCUGCAGGUUAUCUUUCUGAAGCCAUGAAGCUGACACAGUCUGAGCAGGCUCAUUUAUCACUGGAACUGCAAAGGGACAGCCACAUGAAACAGCUCCUCCUCAUCCAGGAGAGGUGGAAGAGGGCCAAGCGGGAGGAAAGAUUGAAAGCCCAGCAGAGCACAGACAGGGAUGCAGCUGCCCAGCUCCAGGCAUCUCACAAACCCCCUGCUGACGAUGCAGAGGGCCACAGUCCCCUCCUUUCUCAGAAGUAUAGCCCUUCCACAGAGAAACAUUUGCCUGAGGUUCAGGGGGUCUUUGACAGGGAUCCAGACACACUACUAUUUUUACUUCAGCAGAAGAGUGAGCCAACAGAGCUGUGCAUUGGAAGCAAAGCCCCAAAAGAUGAUAAAACAAUAAUAGAGGAGCAGGCAACUAAAAUUGCAGAUUUGAAGAGGCAUGUGGAAUUCCUCGUGGCUGAGAAUGAAAGAUUAAGGAAAGAAAAUAAACAACUAAAGGCUGAAAAGGCCAGACUUCUAAAAGGCCCAAUAGAAAAGGAGCUUGAUGUAGAUGCUGAUUUUGUAGAGAAGUCAGAGUUGUGGAGCUUGCCGCCACAUUCAGAAACUGCUGCAGCCUCUUCAACCUGGCAGAAGUUUGCAUCAAAUACUGGGAAAGCCAAGGAUAUUCCAAUACCCAAUCUUCCUCCCUUGGAUUUUCCAUCUUCAGAACUUCCCCUUAUGGAGCUCUCUGAGGAUAUUCUCAAAGGACUUAUGAAUAACUAAAAUGGAAGGCCGUGGAAGAGGCGAGAAGAGGAAAUAAUACAGUUAAUCCAGCAAAAAUAAAAAAAGGGAAAACCACAUGCAAGGUAAUCCCGGAGAUGCUUCAUCAUCUGGCAAACCCUGGAGAAGAGGCAUCGCAGGACUUGGAAACAGUCACUGUGAAACGUGUCGUGCAUCUGACUCACCGACUCGAGUUAAAUGAUUCCAGACACUAAGCUCUCGGAGGUUCACUUUCUCCUGAUACAAACCAAAUGGCUACCUGGAAUAAUUUUUUCAAGCAACAAUUAUUUUUCUUAUCUUCAGGGUUAAAAUGUAUAAAAGUAUGUUAUGUGUAAUUAAUCUAUAAUGCCAUAAAUGAUAAUACAGAACCUAAAUGAUAUGGUGGCCUGAGGGCCUGCCUUGUAUUUGAAAUAUGCUUUCUAUCAUGCAUUGACUGUAUGCAUCUUGUUAUGCACAUUUCGUUGGUUUGAGGUGUGUAAGACACACCUUUCUAGAAGAAACUGUGCCACACUUUGCACUACUCGUAACAUAAUGAUAACCUCAAGACUAUCAGGAGAAAUAUUUAAAUUUCCAUUUUAUGAAGAAAGGAACCAAAUUAUUAGUUACGCUUUUUAAAAAGAUUACCAGUUUACAUAAUUAAUCAGGGUGCGUUUUAAGUUCUAACUUUUUUUGUUUAUUGUGUAAUGCAUCAUUUGAAAAUUCCAAGGAAAUGUCCUUAUGUUUUUAAUGAUGCAUGAGUGGAAGUAAUGCUGGUUGGCAGUAUUUGAUUGUAAGAAAUCAAUAAAGUAAUUGUAUUUUA